AUGCCCGCCGCCAAAUCUAUGAUCCUACGUUUCCAGAGCAAGAACGGCCAAUUUAGGCUAUCUGUUGAUCCUGACACACAUUUUACAGGCCUACUCUCCCAGAUCCUAGAUAAUCUACCGAAAGACGUCGAUUCGCAAUCCAUCGUACUAUCAAAUAAGCCCCAUGAUGGGGAGGAGAGGCUUCUGAGCUCCCUUAGAGGUGUGCCUAUAGCAAGAGUUGGUCUUCGGCAUGGAGACCAGUUGUUUCUCAAGUAUGAUACACAACCUCCAAUAAAUGGCCACGCUACCGUACCCCUACCCUCACAAGCACAACCGCACAACUCUUCAAACAGACUGAAUGGCCAGCCAAUCUUACCUACCGAAGAUCCUCCUCUCAUCGACCCCACUCCUCAAUCUUCAAGCACCGAACCUGGUAAAAGUCCUUGGGAGACUGUCCAGCAAUCCGAGCUCGACAACCGCCUCGACAGACAAGAUGGGAAGAUCCAGCGGCGGAGAGAUGAAAAGAUGUGUAGGCACGGUCCGAAGGGAAUGUGCGACUAUUGUAUGCCCAUGGAACCUUACGACCCACGCUUGUUGGAAGAGAGGAAGAUCAAACUUCUGUCCUUCCACUCCUACCUCCGGAAGAUCAACUCCAAGACGAAUAAACCAGAGCUCAAGCAGUCUUACAUGCCACCGCUAAGUGAGCCCUUCUACCGUGUAAAGCUUGAUUGCCCCUCCGGCCAUCCUUCUUGGCCCGACGGCAUCUGUACCAAAUGUCAGCCUAGCGCGAUCACUUUGCAAGCACAACCCUUUCGAAUGGUAGAUCACGUGGAAUUUGCCUCACCCGAUCUCAUCAACACAAUUCUAGAUUUCUGGAGAUCCUCCGGCGCACAAAGAACUGGGUUUCUCUAUGGUCACUACGAAGAAUAUCACAAGGUCCCCCUCGGUAUUAAGGCUGUCGUGGAAGCGAUAUACGAACCACCCCAAGUGGAUGAGAUAGACGGCGUUACAUUGCAGCAAUGGGAUAAUCAGAAAGAUGUCAACGAAGUUGCACGAUUAUGUGGGUUAGAGCAAGUCGGAGUCAUCUUUACAGAUCUAAUUGACGCUGGUACUGGAGAUGCUAAAGUCAUUUGCAAGCGUCACAUUGACUCAUUCUAUCUUUCAUCUUUAGAAAUCGCUUUUGCCGCUCGGUUGCAGGCACAACAUCCUAAAGCUACCAAAUGGAGCGAUUCUGGCUACUUUGGAUCUAAUUUUGUUACUUGUGUCAUAAGUGGAGAUGAUGAAGGCCAGAUCGCCAUCACGGCAUAUCAAGUUUCAAACUCGGCCGUUGAAAUGGUUCGAGCAGACAUCAUUGAGCCUUCAGCGGAACCUGGGGUGAUGCUUGUUCAGGAUGAAGAAGAAGUCAACGAAGCUGUAAGCCGUACACGGUACAUUCCCGAGGUCUUCUAUCGGCGCCUCAAUGAGUAUGGUGCAAAUGUGCAAGAGAAUGCGAAGCCCAGCUUCCCAGUAGAGUACCUACUGACGACACUGACUCACGGCUUCCCCACGGAAUCUUCGCCAAUGUUUAACAAUUCCCAAUUUACUGUCGAGAAUCGAGAAGUGAUUGGGCAAGGUCAGGAACUCAAGAAUGUGUCUGAGCAGCUCGGCGUCAAGAACCAGAAAGGUAUCCAAGCAGUCUCCGACUUUCACCUCCUCUGCUUCAUUCAUAACAUGGGUGUUCUUAGCAAGGAGGAAGAAGCCGUCCUUUGCCGAGUCGCACGCACACACGAUGUUGGUGACGGAUUCCAGCUUCUGGAAACCCCUGGUUGGAAGACACUGCUUGCAAUAUUGCAAGAGAGCGGACAUGGCGAGGGCGUCGCUGGCGACCAGCUUGCUAAGAGGUUCAAGGGAGCUAGCUUAGGGUAG